AUAAGGGCGGCCGCCGCCCGGACAGAGACAUCAGAACUCGCUCAGCCAUCUCAGAGUUGAGUCGAAGAAGUCCUGUGGAGUACCAGCACACACACCACCGACCACCAGCUAUGAAGGUCCUCAUUGUUCUCGCCAUUGCCUGCGCCGCCGCUCACGCCGGUUUCGUCGGGGGCGGCCACGGUGGAACUUCCAGCCAGCAUCGCUCUCAGGACAUCUCCGGUGCCUACAGCUUCGGCUACAACGAGAACCACGCCACGGGCGGCACCUCCCGUUGGGAGUCCGGUGACGGCGUGGGCAACAAGCGGGGCUCGUACAGCCUGCGUGGCGCCGACGGCCGCUGGCGCACCGUCAAGUACGUCGCUGACGGCGCGGGCUUCCGCGCUGCUGUGUCCACGAACGAGCCCGGCACCGCUCCAUCCUCGCCCGCCUCCGCUGGCAUCAACGCCCCGAUCCUCCACGUUCCCGCCGGACACCAUGAUGGCGCCUACGGAGGCUACGGCGCCGGAGGCUACGGAGCCGGAGCGUACGGAGGUGGAGCCUACCUCGGAGGCGCUGGAUACGGAGCCGGAGGAUACCUCGGUGCCGGAGCCGGCAUCGGUGCGGGAGCCACCAAGGCGGCCCACGUCUUCGGUGCUGCCAUCCCCGGAACUGGCUUCGGAGGUGGCUACGGAGCUGGCUUCGGCGGAGCCUACGGCGGUUAUGGCGGUUACGGCGGUUACGGACACCACGGCCACGGCGGCCACGGCUUCGUCAACGGCUACCGAGUGAAUGAGUCCAUUGGUACUGUACAUCUCUGGGUGUCACCGGAGGUUAGGUUCUCAACAGCAAAUGGCGGGAUUCAGGGGUUUUGCCGUCCCCGUGCUCGUGUGUGGGUCACGCAAUUAGAAGAGCCGCUCGUGCUCCGACGUCGACGAACGACAGCGCCGAUCGCGUCAACCGCGGGUCAGGUCAGGUCGGUCGCACUUUCUCUCCCGCAGCCGUAUAUAAAAGGCGGGCGCCUCCCGCCUCCGAAAGCCGAACAACACACUGCGGAACAUCACGCCUCCGGCUGUCUCGGCGCUCGUCGUCACUCUGAGGAUUACGCCAUGCAGGAGUACAUCGUUUUACCCGUUCUGCUGGCUGUAGCUCGUGCCGGAUACGUUGCGCCAGUGACUGGUUACAUUGAGACUGAGUCUUCUACAAGCCAUCAUUCGCAAGAUGUGGCCGGCAACUACGACUUCGGCUAUAAGGCGCGACACCCCGGCGGCGCCACUUUCCGCCAGGAGACCGGCAACCCUUGGGGCCACAAGAUCGGCUCGUACGGCAUCGCCGACGUGGACGGACGGGUCCGACUCGUCAAGUACGUUGCCGACCACAACGGCUUUCGCGUCCACAUCUCCACCAAUGAACCGGGAACGGCCGCCUCCAGUCCUGCCGGAGCCGGCAUCAACGCCCCCGUGGCGCUGCCUGCGGCGCCCGCCGUGGAGCCGUUCCUUCUGCAGCCGUCAUCGCCUGUGGGAGUAGUUACUAAGGUCACUCCCGCAGUGAAUGCUGCCCAUGUCUACGGCCCAGCCAUAGUGGGACCUGUUCUCAAGCCAGCCGUACCCGUAGCUGCGGCGCUGCAUAGCUUCAGGCCAGUCUACGAGAAGAAGCCAUAUGUAACGGCUGCGGUGCAGCCGGGUCUCGAAGUCGAGUACGAUUCCCGGGACUACAGACGCUGGUAGAAUUGCGUGCCUCUGU